AUGCGAUUUGUUACAGGAUUAAUUGUAGCAGCAGGCCUUUUUGCGCAAGGCUGGGCCGCGGACUGCCCAGGCUAUCACGUUGUUGCUGCAGAGGAUAAUGGCAACACACUGACAGCUCAAUUGCGCCUGAGUGGCAAGAACUGUGAUGUAUACGGCGAGGACUUGCCGAAGCUCAAGCUACAGGUUGAAUACCAGACCAAAUCUCGUCUUCAUGUUAAAGUUUACGACGAGGCUGAGGAUGUCUUUCAGAUUCCUGAAGACCUCCUCAGCGCCCCGAAGGCAGAUGGCUCCGCCGACGAGGCCACAUCCGACUUGAAGUUUACAUACAACGCAUCCCCCUUUUCGUUCAAAGUCACUCGAAAGUCCUCCGGUGAGGUCCUUUUUGACACCACUGGUCACAGCUUAGUUUUCGAGUCGCAGUACCUCUAUCUGCGCACCGCGCUGCCCGAUGACCCCAACAUCUACGGCCUCGGCGAGAGCGCCGACCCGUUCCGUCACUCGACAGGCUACUCGCAUGCUAUUUGGAAUUCAGGCCAGCCGUUCAUGCCGCCGAAUACAAACUUGUACGGCGCGUACCCUCUGUAUUACGACCACCGCGGCAGCCGGGGCACGCACGCCGUCUUCUUGCGCAACAUCAAUGCGAUGCGCAUCAACAUUGACAAGGACGCCAACGGAUCCUACCUCGAAUACAACACCGUCGGCGGCGUGUUCGACUUUUACUUCCUGGCCGGCCCCUCGCCCAAAGACCUGUCGCUGCAGUUCGCCGAUGUCGUCGGCAAGCCGGCCCUCAUGCCCUACUGGGGCUUUGGCUUCCACCAGUGCAAGUACGGCUACAAGUCUAUCGACGAGACGGCCGAGGUGGUCGCCAACUACAGCAAGGCUAACAUUCCCCUCGAGACAAUGUGGAAUGACAUUGACUACAUGGAUGGCCGCGCCAUCUUUUCCCUUGACCCCGUCAACUACCCACUAGAUAAAGUCCGUGCCUUGGUGGACAAGCUGCACGCGAACAACCAGCACUACAUGAUGAUGGUGGACCCGGCCGUGGCCCGCCGCGACUACAAGCCGUACAACGACGGCGUCAAGAUGGACACGCUGAUGAAGGAGUCGAAUGGCAGUGUGUGGACAGGUGUGGUCUGGGCUGGCCCGAGCGGAUUCCCGGACUGGUUCGCGCCGAAUGUGCAGGAUUUCUGGAACGCGCAGUUUGAAAGCUUUUUCAACAAGGAUACGGGCGUGGAUAUCGACGGCUUGUGGAUCGACAUGAAUGAGCCGGCGAAUUUCUGCGACAUCCCAUGCAAUCCUCAGGCCGCAGCAGCCAGGGGUGUAUCGGAUAGUACGCCAUCGUCGGAGCUGGUUAGACGAGAAGAAGCCAAGGGCAAGCACAUGGGUCUGCCGGAUCGUGACUUGCUGACGCCGAAGUACGACAUCAAGCCCUUCUUCAACGGCUUGAGCGGACAGAGUAUGCCGACGUAUCUGCAGCAUGCGAAUGGCUUGGUCGAGUACGAUGUACAUAAUCUGUUUGGCAGCAUGAUGGGCCGAGUCAGCCGCCAGACCUUGCUUCAGCGUCGCCCUGGACGCAGACCGUUGAUCAUUACCCGUUCGUCCUUGAUCGGUGACGGACGUAGAACCGGUCAUUGGUUUGGUGAUAACCGCUCCAACGAUGAUGAUUACCGCCUGCAAAUCGUCCAAAUGAUCCAGCACGUCGCCAUGUACCAGACGCCCAUGGUCGGCUCCGACGUCUGCGGCUUCAACUACGCGACCAAUCCCAUCCUCUGCCAGCGCUGGGCGACGCUCGGUGCCUGGAACCCCUUUUACCGCAACCACGCCGACAUUUCGGCGCCGCACCAGGAGUUUUACCUGUGGCCCGAGGUCGCCGCCGCGGCGCGCAAGGCCAUUGACCUUCGCUACCGGCUCCUCGACUACAUGUACACCAAUCUGCACACGCAGCACCAGACGGGAUUUCCGAUGCUUUCGCCGCUGGUGUGGCAGUACCCGCACGAUCCCGCCACGGCCGCGAUUGACCUGCAGUUCUUCUUUGGCGAGGCCUUCAUGGUCAGCCCAGUCACGACACCCAACGACACGUCAGUGACGUUUUACAUGCCGGAUGACUUGUUCUACGACUUUGACACCGGACUGCAGGUGCAGGGCGGCGGGAAGCAGGUCACGCGGGAGAAUAUUGCAUAUGACGAGAUUCCAGUGCAUGUCCGCGGUGGGAGCAUCAUCCCGAUGCGAGUCAAGGGUGCGUGUACGACGACGGAGCUGCGCAAGAAUGGCUUUGAGCUCCUCAUUGCGCCAGAUAAAGAUGGAAAAGCGAGCGGUAGGCUGUAUCUGGAUGAUGGUGAUUCUGUGGCUCCAGCCGAGACGAGCGCCAUUGAGUUUGCGUAUGAAAAUGGCACGCUUACUUCCUCGGGUUCGUUUGGGUACAGCCCAGGCGUCAAGGUGCAGCUGGUGACUCUUUGGGACGCUCCUAUGCUUGACUGCCAUGCGUACAAUGCGACGAGCAAAUCGCUAGCAAAGGCUGCCGACUUGUCUCUGACAGAGACUUUUACCUUUGACGUGACGAGUCACUGUGAGAGCUGA